ACUACUGUGCACAACUACUGGAACUCCGUGUUAAGAACAUCUUUAAAUUAUGAUGCAGUGUGAAAUGUAUAGCAUACUAAUUACUGUGUAGGCCUAGAUAAAGUGUACUGGAGCACUUUCAGUCCUCAAUGGCGUUUACGAAAAUCAUUAGAACGAUAGCUAAAAGAAGCCGAUUGCUCGGUUGAACUUACAUUUUACUGUGUGUCUUUAAGUGGGAUUCUCCCACACUGUACAGUAGGAGGGGUUGUAGUGACGCUGGUUAGCUCUUUGGUGCUGCGCUGAACAGCGCUUUUCACCUGCAGCUGAGAGCGAGAGGGCUCGGGACGGUCUUUACUAUAUACUGAAGAGCUUAACACUGCAAACGAAUCGCCAAAGGAGCACCCGAGAAGAAACAAGGGGGAAAUAAAAAUAGUCGAAGAACACUCGCAGAACCUCAUUUACAACUGCCUCUGCAUGCUGACAACAAUGAAAACUGGCUACGUUAUCUUAGUGAUGAGCGCCGUACUACUGGGCACAUCUUGGGGGAAUUAUGGAGCUGUACCACCUAAACCGCCCUGCAGACCUGGAUUUUCAGAAAGUUUUUACACAGUAUUUGUUUCAAGGGAUAUACUGCAAGGUCAGAGCAUUCUAAAAGAUACCAUGGUGUCAUCAGGACGUGUGAAGUUUGACAGCUGCCAGGAGAACGAGGCGGUGGGCUUUGAGAGCAGCGAUCCCAGCUUCAGCGUGCGGAUGGACGGCUCCAUCUACACUGAGCAGGACGUUUCCAGCCUGGCGGAGCCCGUGCAGUUCAUGGUGACCGCCCGGAGCGUUCCUGACACGCGCAUCUGGGAGACCACCGUCAAGCUGGCCUUGGCGGGAGGAACCGUGCCUCCACCCACAGCUCAGAUCGCAUGGGAGGACGCACAGCAGCCCAGUGUCAUCCUGUUUCCCGCUCAUCGCGGGACGAGCUCUGGUGGGCUGAGGCGACAGAGACGAGACUGGGUCAUCCCGCCCAUCAAUGUGCCAGAGAACUCUCGAGGGCCUUUCCCCCAGAUGCUCGUCAGUAUUCGCUCGGAUCAAGACCGGGAGAUUCAGAUUCGCUACAGUAUCACAGGCGUGGGUGCCGACCAGCCCCCCAACGAGGUUUUCAGGAUCGAUCCAGUGGCGGGAAAGAUGUUUGUCACCAAGCCCCUGGACAGAGAAGAGAGGUCAUCCUAUCAUCUGAGGGCCCACGCUGUGGACAUGAAUGGGAACAAGGUGGAGAACCCCAUCGACCUGUACAUCUACGUGAUCGACAUGAACGACAACAGGCCCGAGUUCAAAAACCAGGUCUACAACGGAUCAGUGGACGAGGGCUCCAAGCCAGGCUCCUAUGUGAUGAAAAUGACAGCAAACGAUGCCGAUGAUGACACCACGGCCAAUGGGAUGGUGCGCUACCGAAUUCUGUCCCAGACUCCACUGAGCCCCAUCCCCAACAUGUUCACCAUAAACAGUGAGACAGGAGAUAUCGUCACUGUAGCUGCUGGGCUGGACCGUGAGAAAGUGUCCCAAUACACCAUCAUCGUCCAGGCGACUGACAUGGAGGGCAAUCUGAACUUUGGGCUGUCCAACACAGCCACGGCCAUCAUCUCUGUGACAGACGUCAACGACAACCCCCCAGAGAUGACCGUCAAGACGUUCUCGGGAGAGGUUCCGGAGAACAGGAUAAACGUUGUGGUGGCCAACAUGACCGUAAUCGACAAGGAUCAGCCUCACUCGCCGAACUGGAAUGCGGUCUACAGGAUCGUGAGCGGGGACCCCUCUGGCCACUUCACCAUCCACACUGACCCUGUCACCAAUGACGGCAUGGUCACUGUGGUAAAGCCUGUGGACUAUGAGCUGAACCGGGCCUUCAUGCUGACCGUGGUGGUGUCCAAUCAGGCCCACCUGGCUGACGGCAUCGAAUCCUCCCCCCUGUCCACCGCGGGGGUCACCAUCUCAGUGGUGGAUGUCAACGAGCCCCCUGCCUUCCACUCUAACCCUAAGUCCAUCCGCUUCGAGGAGGGCGUCCCCCCCAGGACCACGCUCGGCACCUUUACCGCCAACGACCCCGACCGCUUCAUGCAGCAGAUUGUCAGGUACUCCAAGUUGGCCGAUCCAGCCAACUGGCUUAACAUCAAUGCCAGCAAUGGGCUGAUUGUCAGUACUGCUGUUCUGGACCGGGAGUCCAUCUACGUGAAGAAUAACAUCUACGAGGCCACCUUCCUAGCUUCGGACAAUGGCUCUCCCCCCGCCAGCGGCACCGGCACCCUGCAGAUCUAUCUGAUUGACGUGAACGACAACGCCCCCGUGCUACUGCCCAAGGAAGCGCAGGUCUGCGAGAGGAUCAACACCAACUCCAUCAACAUCACGGCGGCCGACGCCGACGUGGACCCCAACGUGGGGCCCUUCAUCUUCGAGCUGCCCGUCUUCCCCUCUACUGUCCGACGCAACUGGACCAUCUCCCGCCUGAAUGGUGACUACGCCCAGCUGAGCCUGCGGAUCCAGUACCUGGAGUCCGGCGUGUACGAUGUGCCGGUGAUCGUGUCGGAUUCGGGGAACCCUCCGUUGUCCAACAGGUCCAUCAUCAAGGUGAAGGUGUGCCACUGCGAUGAGAACAAGGAGUGCACCACCAUCGGUGCCGUGGCAGCAGCCGGCCUGGGGACCGGGGCCAUCAUUGCUAUACUCAUCUGCAUUAUCAUACUGCUUACCAUGGUCCUCCUGUUUGUGGUGUGGAUGAAGCGCAGGGAAAAGGAGCGCCAGACCAAACAGCUGCUGAUCGACCCAGAGGAUGAUGUCCGAGACAACAUACUUAAGUACGAUGAAGAGGGAGGAGGGGAGGAGGACCAGGACUAUGACCUGAGUCAAUUACAGCAGCCCGAAUCUUUGGACCACAUCAUCAGCAAACCCCCAGGGGUUCGGAGGGUAGACGAGAGGCCCGUGGUCCCUGAGUCCCAGUACCCCAUUCGGCCAGUCGUGCCUCACCCCGGGGACAUCGGGGAUUUCAUAAACGAGGGCCUGAGGGCAGCAGAUAAUGACCCCACAGCGCCGCCCUAUGAUUCGCUGCUGGUGUUUGACUACGAGGGCAGCGGCUCCACCGCCGGCUCGGUCAGCUCCCUCAACUCAUCCAGCACUGGGGACCAAGACUACGACUAUCUCAAUGACUGGGGGCCUCGCUUCAAGAAGCUGGCCGAUAUGUACGGGGGAGGGGAGGACGACUAGGCCCCUCCCCUGGGAAGAGACCCCCCCCCCCCCCACCCCCACCCCUCACAGGCAACACUCUCCAGUCACAGGCAGAACCUGAAACUCACAUCACCAACUGAGGACUGUACAAAGAGGCAGCUUUGUAACCUAUCCUCUCCUGCAGACAGUAUUUGAAACCCUUUCCUUUAUUUUUGUCUUUUCUUUUUUAUUUGCUAUAUUUAGUAGCAAGGCUUCCUUCUGACUUUUUUUUACGUUUUCACUCUGCUUAAACACAAGCUGUCUACUGCAUGGUAAAGCGAAUUGCUUCUUGUCUUCACCCCUAAUGUUCCACUCCAUUGCAGACAGCUGGGAACACCUUUUCCCUUCAUCACUAAAGAGGGUGUGAAAAGGCCUUCUUUCUUAACUUGAAUUCUUAGAACAGAAGCACUGUUGUUAUAAAGUGCCUUUUGUGGUGCAUUUUAUUGGAUUCCCUCUAUCUCAGGAUUGGUUGCCAUUAGAAUGGCUGUGUUUGACACGCUUUCAUUCCUCCCCCUCGUCUCUCUAUGAUAAUCCUGAAUGCCCAGUCCUUACCAUGAUGAAACUAAGCCAAAAUUAAAAAAAGAAAACACUGCUUUUGAAUUUGUUCUUUGAAAAACAAACUGGGCAAGGGUUAUCUUUGUAAGGAAACACUAAACAUGGAUGUUUUAAAAGUGCUUUGUGGAGGUCAUACAAUAACUGUAUCUUUCAGUGUGAGCUAAUAAAUGUUUCUCCUGCUGGCUCAUCCAGCUCAGACGUGUAGCCAUAUUAUGGGUAAGAUAAGUGAUUCAGAUUCAUGAUCAUCAUCAUUCUUAAUAUUGUACAGUUGUUCUCUCGCGUAGGGAUUUAUGAGCAAAAGCGCUGUCCUGUUUAAUUGGGGCCCUAGGAGCUUGUGAGUCUGGAGGGCCAGCGGUUUCCCUGGUCUGUGGCUCUUACGGCUCAUCCAGGUGUGGUGAGCGUGUGAUGGAGGAGGAGCAGCAGUGUGCUAGCACAUGUAGCUCUUUUUGAAAAGGCUUUAAACAGCUUGAGAAACGAAUGUGAAAGUGUAGAAAAGAGGAUAGAUUUUUUUUGUACAAAACUGUUUUCUCUUUUGUUUGAUAAAUGACUUGGGAAAAAAUGCAUGGUUUGUAUCUCCCCCAAAGGUUUUCAACCUGGCACUUAAUAUUCAGUGGCCAGAUUGGUUAAUGUGGUUGAAGAAAACUAUAAAUUGUAAAAAGACAAAAAGGGAUGUAAAAUAACUAUUUUUGAAGUACCAGGAAACUGCAACUAGUCUGUGUCAUGCCUUUUCCUGCUCUAUAAAUUUGGAGAAUUACUAAAUGAUUCCAUGCUUCAACUUUUUCUUAGAUUCUUUCGGCAUUUGUUUUGCAAGAUUUGUUCAAUUGUUGUAAAAUCUGUAUUUUGAUACACUACUACUGAUGCAAUUCCAAUUUCAAUCCUGAGUACACAUCCCCCAAAACAACAGCAGUUAUAUAAAACUUGUGGGAGAAAAUGGGAGCUUUUACUGUCUUUGAUGGUAAUAGUGAUCUUUUUUCAUUUUCAUCCAUAUAAAUAUUGAAUAUGUGUGUUAGAAAAUAAAAGUUGAAAAACUGCACAAAUCAUAGCAGUUUUAUUAACUAAUACUCUAUCUUACCAGGACUACAGUACCCAUUGCAGCACCAAUAAAGACUCAUUUGUCACUCCCUCACUAAUAUGACAGUAUCUAUACAAAAUCAUUUGGCUCUCUCACAAGGACUACAGUCCCCAUAAAAAUCAUUCAACUGUCUCAUAAGGACUACAGUAUCCAUAAAGAAUCAUUCAGCUGUCUUACCAGGACUACAGCACUCCAUAAAGAGCCAUUCUGCUCUCUGAGAUUAAUAAAGAGCCGUUUGAAUAUGUAGAGCUUAUGUAUCUAGUGAGUUGUGGUGAAAAGGAUAGAAGAAAAGAAAAGACUGAGGCGCUGUAACAAUAUAAUAUGCAAACUGUAUUUGCCUUUCAGUUCUCAAUCUAGAGUUUAUGCACUCUUACCCUACAACAAAUGAAUUCAUUCUAUCUUUACCUCUCCUGACCUGCCACUAUACGCAUUUGGCUCAUUUUGCAAUUAUCUGGAAUAUUAUCCGAGUGCGGAUGGAGGGAAAUGGACAUAUGGUUGGUCAUCGCUAUAUGGCCAAAGCUAUAUGAGCAUGAGAUACUAUGGACCUAGGAGCCACCUAGUAUCCUGUUCCACCGCACUUGUGGCAAUCUUCUGCAUGUGUUUUUGUCGUGACUUGUCAUGUGAUGGUCUCUAUAAUGUUUAUCUGCAAUGAGUGUGAGUGCAAGCAGGGAAUAGGAACAGGGGUCAGGUGAUAAGAUCCACUGAUGCUCCUUCCAGCCUGCAGGUUUUCUGUUUCUGAGGAUUGGGGAUUUAUCUUUUCCUCAAUUUAUCUAUUAAUUAAGCCAUUAAAUAUUUUUAAUGAAGGGGCCUCCGAUUUGCUAGUGAGAGUUGAGCUGGUCUACAAAACCACCAAGCUAGCCUCAACAUCUCUAUUUCUAAUUCCACUUUUUGAUGGAACCGGGGGGGGGGGGGGGGGAAUUGGGAAAAUGCCUUACUGAGCAGAGGGAGAGAGCAGUGAAUAUGCUUGGUGAGGUCUGCUUGAGGUAGCAGUUAGAGGUUUGGUUUUGGAGUAAAUAUGCCUUUGCCAAACCACGGAGGGGAGGCUUAAAAAGCUGCACUAAGUGCUCCAAAGUAAGAGCGGCAGGUCUGUGUCAUAACAGUGUCUCUCCAAUGGGUGAACAACAGAGUGCUGAUGCCAGAAUGGGUAAAUUAAUGCCAUUUCAUGUCCACAAUAGCUUGAAAGAAAAGAAGUGGAGAAGCCAGUAAAAAAAAUUGUUAAUUGGUUUUUGUUUUCCACUUUUCUACAGACAUGUACAGGGUAAAUACACCUUACCUUUCAUUAUUUCCAUCUUUAAAAUUUUUUCAUUGUGUGUACACACUUUUUUAUAUACAUUACAUGACAUUUUUAUUUUGUGAAUAAGUACUUGUAGGUAUCCCUUUUGAUUUGUGUUGUGUUUUAUGUUUUAUUUUUAAAAAGGCAUAAUUUCACCCCAGAAUUCAGGAUACGAAGUCUUAGAUAAAAACCCCUGCCUAUAUUAUUUUACUCUCUUCCAUUUUAAAGAGUUGAGUACAAUGUUCCAGUUCCUGCCAUGGUAGAAUGUCCAGUCCCCAAAGUUAUCCAGCCAUGCCCUAUAUCUUACUUACCUUGCUGCUAUUUUGACAGGCCUUUUCAUUGUUAUUCUGCCACACCAUGCAUUGUGUAAAGCCUAGUGAUUGUCUAUAGGUAUGCGGUGGAAAUUAUCUGAAAGUCCACACACACUAUUUGGACUAUGUAUACUGGAUCACAAAUGGGAUAGAGGGGUAUAACUGCCCAACAAAACAAUCUUCAGGACAGAAUCCUACUUCAUUUUGACAAGGAUACCACCUACUCCCCUCUUCCCACACACAAACACACAAAUCAAUAUGACCACCCAAAACCCAUCCAUACUAACAUUCUUCCUCAACCCAAGAUCGCAGUCACAACCGAAUAAGCCAUAUUCAUUUCAAGGAAUACCUUUUUUUUCAUGACUACCAUUACUAACAUGUUUUCUUUUUUAAUUCUGCUUUGUUGUGAAUUUGAUCACUCAUCCUAAAGAAACGCAGUGCCCUUUAAUAGCUGAAACUGCAGCUCAAGCUGAAAUUAUGACAUUUUUAUUUGCAGUGCUAGUGCUGCUUUGCUCAGAGACAGAAAUAGAAUUGGCUGUGGUAACUGCCGCUCGUUCUCUUUGAUGAUUUUCACUGUCAUGUAACACCUUGCUCUUCUGAGAGCGGGUGAGAGAAAAAACUAAAUAGACAUCUGCAAUAGUUAGUACCUUUGAAGAAAAUUACAUUUUUGCAUUUGACCAAGAGCAAACCUAUAGGAAUGUUUUUUUUUCUUCUUUCACUUCAUCACUUGCACCAGAACCCAGCAGUUUAUUAUGUUGCAGAUUAAACAAUAAUUGGCUGGCUUGCUGACUUUGUUUGCACAACAGCCUCUUAUACUUUGAACUGUCAAUCAUUUAGUCCUUCAUCACACACCAAUUACUGUAACAAUUAUCGUAACUAUAAUCAUGUUCAUGUUCAGAACACUAAAAACAAAAGAGAAGGGCAGACCUUUACCUUUCCUCGUAAGCACCCUCACUUACAAAUCUCUGGAGGCUUAAUACAGGUUAAUGACCUGUCUACUGGGGCCAACAGGGGCCUAAAUUAACAUUAAGCAGAUUCAUAUAAAGGUGUAUUAUAUUUGCCACUCACAGAGCCAAACUGAACAGAUAAAGGAUUUAACCUGGAUCUGCUCACCCAUUUUGAGCCAGUGAAUGUUCAAUCUCUGAAAAACAAGUACUUUUUGGAGCUCAUCAUUUUCCUUUCCUUUUUUUUUUUUUUUUUUUUUGAAGUUGAAGCAGAGUGUAUGAGGGUUCUGCAGUUAUGCUUCUCUUUAUGGUGUACCUUCUGCUACCAGCAGUUGCUGUGUCCUCUCUAACUGGCGCAGUAGUGCUGUCUGUGGGUGCUGGACGUCUGUGUGCGUACAUGUCUGUUUGUAUGUGACUUGCUAAGCAUCACACCCAGUGCCCACCGCAAGGUUUGCAUAUAUUCAGUUUCCCAGGUACUCUCUCAAGUGUGAUGCUGGCCUUUUGAAAGUAGGGCAAAGUUACUUUGCAGAAGACUGCAAAUCCAGAAAGCUUAUACAAGCCCAUGGAGUGUGCAGAAUAAUAAACAGGAAACUUCAAAUGGGGUAAGGUUAGCAUUAAGGUAAAUUUACAAAGAAAAAAAUAUUGUCUAAAUUGGCGUCACCCAAUGUUACUCACUUUUGUGUGUACAUAAUGUUGUAAUUGCUUGAGGCUAAACAGAUCAAGUUAGGCAAAGUAUACAUGUACAAUUGGAGCUUUUUUGCAUGUCUUUUUAUAACAGACAAUUAUAUAGUAAUUAUUAUAUUGAAAAUUUUAAAAGUGUAGCAGCCCGCAUGACAGUGGUUGUUUUCCAGAAAGACUUCUGGUGUGUACCAUAAUCACACUGAUACAACAGAAAAAAAAUACAAAUAAAAAGUAUAUAAAAAACAAUCAUUGCACAGUUAACAAGUUAAAUACUUUUUUUGUAAACUGUCAACAGCACAAAUAUUUUGUAUUGUUGUUUGUACCAUUUUGUACCAAAAAAGAAAAAAAAAUCCACAAAAAAAGGGAAUUUUUUUUGGUUUGUUUGUUUUAAACGUGUGUUUCUAGUGCCACUGCGGUCUUGGUUCCAAAUACAUAAGCAGCCUUGCUGAUUAAUCGUGUAAAAUUAAAGCUGAACUGGUAACCUAAUGCCAGCUCCCCUGUGUUAUAAAUAAAGUCCCCCUCCUUUUAAAAUGC